AUGGAUGUGAACCUCACAGAUGUUGCUCUCAACGCAGCAAAUAUCGUCAUCGGCCUCAAUUUCGCCACGAAUUGCACGAUUGCCAUGGACUGGUAUGAUGUCAACAACCCUUCGCAAUACUGGAGAGUGUUGAAUUCAACAGCCCUGAACACUAGUCGCCCCACCCAUCGCGAUAACACUUAUGCCUAUAAGCCAUACGGCAACAGCACUUUAAAUCUCGAUUUCCUUCAGGCUGCACUUCCUACACAAUACACGGACAAUUCAGCUGUCCUCAACAUUUUGCAAGCGGAAAUGUCAACGCUGUGGAUAAAUGGAGCCAAUCUUUCUAUGGCAGUCAACCCGAACGGCUUGAGUUCGUACAACUGGACCUUUGUAAACAUCACCUGGUACCAGCGUGCGUUGUGGGAAAUAUAUUCAGCCUGCGUCGGGCCGGAAAUGUUCACAAUCAAACUGUCAGAUUUCAACCUUACUAGCAAUUGUAGCGCCACGGUCCCUUUCUUACUUACUUUGAAUGAUACGGCUAUCAAUCAGUUGGAUAGUUCCCUCUUGGAUUAUCACUGUCCACAAUAUUCCAAAGAAGAGGUCCAAUUCUGGAAAACCUUUUUGGUUCCAUUAAAUCCCAUGCUCGACCUAGGCAAGCUCGGGCCUGGGAUGAUACCAGCAACCUACUCCGGCUUCAUUGAUGGAGCAGUUGUUCGGUGGUACCAAAAUAUCUUUGUUCAUUCCGAUGUAUCGAACGUUACUGAGUUUGCACGCUCCGUAUUCGACGCUUGUCGACCGCAAGUGUGUCGCGCAGCGGGUUUCAGUGGGAUUCCUGACCUUGAUGGCAUCGGGGUCUUUGCCAUAUAUCUGUUCGAGACCGCACUGGUAUCUAUCCUUUGGCUGUCCUUCGAAUUUUCCUGCUUGCGUGGUUGGGGAAAGAUUCCUGGAAGGAUUUUGAGUUCAUUUCAACAUGCCUCAGGGAACCUCCUAGAUGGUGCCAUGUACUAUUUGCUCAGCCUUCCUUUGGCCAAUCUGUUAUUACGGUUCGGCACGGACUGGAGUCAGUACAGCGCGUAUGCUUCCGAAAUAAUCGUUGUCACGUCAUUCUUCAACUUCCUCGAAUUGCUUUUGAUAACGAAGCAUGAAGUCGUCCGAAAAAAAAGUCUGCCUAUUACUCUCUGCUCUUUUUGCAGCUUCAUGCUCUUGUUCAUACCCGAACUCAUCACUUUUGCGACAACUGGUCAAACCGGAAUGAAGGACCAAGUAUGCCUCCAAAAUCAGCUCAAUGCUCUCUCAAACGGGCCCACGGCAGAAACCUAUCAGCGGAUGUCUUCGGCAACCUACGCGAUGAUGCUUUUUGUCUUUUUUUGUAUUCUAUAUUCUGUCUACACGCCAAGCUUCGAGGUUCAGCUCUUAACCAAGCGACGGAAGAUUUACGUCACCGUCGUGUCAUUAAUUCCCAUCGCGAUGGCAUGGUUUCAUGUCGCGCUGCUCCGAAAUUUGCGCGAAGCCAUGUUUAUAAUGGCAGGGAGUGACUGGUCAAGUUCAACAUGGGGUUUUGGGCAAGUUGUUGCACUUCUCACAUGGCUUCCAGCAGUGACCGCAUUCUUUACACGCCUCUGUCAGGGAGAGAAAGAAAAACCUCACUCAUGCGACAAUUCCACAAUGUCGGACGUUUCCUUGGACUUUCCAGAGCCGCCAUCGAAAGAGGUCAACUCCUCGAUUCACCUAGAUGAUGAAGAGGCUCAAAAGUCUCCAGAGUUUACGAAUGAACGGUCAGUGUAUUGGAACAAGAACCCAUCAAGUGAGGUUGCUAGCAACCUUCAACAUAGUUCUUGCGGAUAA